AUGGGUGAAGGAACCAGCGAGGGGACAUCAGCGUCAGCGCGGGAUUGCACCUCUGGCUUCCACGUGGACGUGGUGGUGACAGGGGUGGUGGACCAAUGCGUCUUCUUUGGCAAGGACAGCACCAAGAAGAUGAAGGAGGAGACAGAGCCGUCAGCCAUCCCCGACCCCUCGCUUUGCCGGUUGUACCGUCACGUCUCCCACGACUUUUUGGAGAUCCGCUUCAAGAUCCAGCGGCUGCUGGAGCCCCGGCAGUACAUGCUCCUGCUGCCAGAGCACGUCAUGGUGAAGAUCUUCAGCUACCUGCCCACCCAAGCGCUGGCCGCCCUCAAGUGCUCCUGUCACUACUUCAAGUCCAUCAUCGAGACCUUUGGGGUGCAGGCCACCGAUUCCCGCUGGAACCGCGACCCCCUCUACCGCGACGACCCCUGCAAGCAGUGCAAGAAGCAUUAUGAGAAGGGGGACGUGUCCCUGUGCCGGUGGCACCCCAAGCCCUACCACCACGACCUGCCUUACGGCCGAUCCUACUGGAUGUGCUGCCGGAGACCCGAUAAGGAGGCGCCCGGUUGCAGGGUGGGCUUGCACGAUAACAACUGGGUACACCCGGCCACCCGGCGUGAUGACAGCAGGUGA